ACAAGUUUUCAAAUUAAAACAUUAUCAGUUCUCUGAGGUAUUGCCGACUUUAUUGUUUUUAUUCUAUCUAGUGCAUGGAUUUAUCAAAUAAUCGAUAAGAAGCUUAUCGGGAAAAAACUAAGGUAAUAAAAGAAAAUACUCGAAAUGGUUUUGCUACUUCUAAACGAAACUUCGAAAACAAAAAAUGAAAACCGAAAUAUAUUUAUUGCUUGCGUUAUUUUUUUGUCUUAUACAAGCGAGUCCGCUUUCGUUUAAAGUUGCAUCAUUUGAUAGAAGUCGAAUUGUAGGAGGUGUUGCAACCAAUAUUCGAAAAUUCCCAUAUCAAGUUUCACUACAGGCUUGGGACUCCAACUUUCAUUUUUGUGGUGGAUCAAUUAUUGGAGAAAAAUGGAUUUUAACAGCUGCUCAUUGCACAAGAAGCACAACUCGUAAAUAUUAUGUUCGUGUUGGUAGUACAUACCACGCUGAAGGAGGCUUCAUAUAUAACGUAUCACGUGUGAUUAAUCAUCCACAAUUUAAUCCAUUUACUUUUAAUAAUGAUAUUUCAUUAUUGGAAUUAACAGAACCAAUCUCAAUUAAAACACGAGCAGCUAUUAUAGAUUUACCACCAAAUGACCGUGAAAUUAAAAAUAGUUCAAUGGUAACUCUUUCUGGUUGGGGUUACACUCUUAACUCCAAAGAGUCCAAUGAUGCUUUGAGAUUUGUAAAAGUUUAUACUAUAGAAUUUGAAGAAUGUGUUAAGCGUUUUGAAGAUGUUGUUGGAGCUGAUGUAACUGACAAUAUGUUUUGUGCAGGCUAUCCCGGUGGAGGUAAAGAUGCUUGCCAAGGAGACUCUGGCGGACCAGUUAUGUUGAAUGACGAAUUGGUUGGUAUCAUAUCAUGGGGUGAAGGCUGUGCUGCUGAACAAUAUCCAGGUGUUUACACUAGAGUUGCAGCAUUACGGGAUUGGAUCAAAGAACACUCUCAUAUUUAAAUAAUAAAAAAAAUUAAAUCCAAAAUGCCGAAGGAAACAAAUCCCUCGGCAUUUUUGGAUUUAUAACAUUUAAAUUUGAAAUAUGAAAUUUAUGUAAACAUUAAUAUUAUUAUUUAUAAAUAUAAAUUUUGAGUACUAAUUUUAAA